CUCCAAAAAGAUGUGCCGAGUUCAGGUUGGCCGAAAGGCGAACACCUCCGUUAAAAUUGUUUGAUGUUUGAUUUUGUAAGUAAUUCUGAUCACUUCGAUGGCGGGCACGGGCUCUGGGACAUUGCCAUCACCGUCAUUGGUGAGGUCGUGGAGGACUGCCUUCUUGACUCUCAGAGACGAAAUCCUUACCCCUCCUGCUCGUACUUCGAUCGCCCAUAUGCUACAUAAUCUCAUUUUCUCCCAUUCACACGCCUUGUUGUCUGCUGUCCCCGAACUUCCUUCUCAUGAGGUUUUGUCCGACAUUUUGUUUAUGCUGGAGUUGGUUGCAACUACUUCGGCCAGCGAAGAAGAACUGACUCAAGUCUUUACGCAAACAUCACGCUUGAUCCAUGAUGCAUCUCGUCGCGUGUAUUUGGAAAUAAACGCUCUCUCUUUGGCCCGUCUCUUUAAUUGUUACGGGAAGAUGCUGGAUCAUUUUAUUGGAGAAGCUAUUACUAGUGACGAGUUAAAUAAAAUUGGAAGUACUUCUUCAAUAAGACAUGCGAUUGAAUGUUUACAGGCUAUCAGAUGUAUCAUCACACCAUCUCAACGAAGAUGGUCUCAGUCUGAAGACACGCUACUAAUUAAGUUCCUACUUAACAUUAUUGUGAGAACUCAUGAUGGGUCAUGUCGGAUGCCUCAUUCUACUUGCAAAGAAAGAUCUUCUGCUGAGACAUCUAUGAGAUUACCCAGAGAUAGCAGUUCAUGGGAAUUACUAGGUGUAGCAUUUUCUAUGCUUGGUGAAGUAAUUUCAAGGGACGGGUCAUCCUUUCCACUUGAUAUCUGGAGAUCCAUAAUUGAGGUGCUUCGGAAAAUGAUGGAUGGCAUGGUGUCAAAAAUUCCAAUUGUAGAAGACAUUGUUAUGUCCAGGUAUUAUGAAUCCCUUCUGCAUUGUUUGCACUUAGUUCUUUCUGAUCGUAAAUGUCCUGCAUCGGAUCAUGUUUCAGUUUUUGUAUCUGUCCUACGAAUCUUCCUUACUUAUGGCCUUACUGGCAAAAUACCACAUACUUCACCCCUCAUUGGUUGUGAGAAGAAGCAUCCAAGAACAAUGAGUCCAAAGGCAAGUUUGGGGCAAGGGAACAGCUCCAAUCGUGGUGCAUAUAGACCUCCACACUUACGCAAGAAAGAGUGUUCAAAUUUGAAGCAUAAUAGGGCUUGGCAUCCUCAUUCUCCAGAUAUUGUAGAAGAUAACGAAUGUUCUACUUCUUAUGUUGCAUCUUCAGAUUCUGAUUUCAGUGAUGGUGAUGGACCAGCUAAGGAUAGUGAAAGUGUGCUGAACUCUAAGGUCAGAGUAGCUGCCAUAAUUUGCAUACAGGAUCUUUGUCAAGCUGAAUUUAAAUCCUUAUCUACGCAAUGGUCCAUACUUUUUCCUACCACUGAUGUACUACAACCAAGGAAGUCUGAUGCAACUCUAAUGACAUGCUUGCUGUUUGAUCCAUAUUUCAAGGCACGGAUGGCAUCUGCAUCGACUCUUGCAGCCAUGUUGGAUGGUCUUUCGUCCAUUUUCCUUCAAGUAGCAGAAUAUAAGGAAUCCAGUAAAUUUGGAUCUUACACAGCACUUUCGAGCUCCCUUGGACAGAUUUUACUGCAACUCCACAGAGGUAUUCUAUAUUUGUUACAGCACGAAGCAAAUGGUAGGUUGCUUGUGUUGCUGUUUAAGAUUCUCAGGCUGGUGGUAUCAUCUACACCAUAUUCGAGAAUGCCACCAGAUUUGUUGCCUACUGUUGUUACAUCUCUAAUGAGAAGGAUUGAAGAGGGUUUUCGGUUCAAAAGUGACCAGACUGGUCUGCUGGGCUCUGCUCUUGGUUGCUUGUCAUUGGCUCUGUCUACCUCACCUUCUUCAGUUAAUGUCAGGAAGAUGCUUCUUGAGGAGGUUUCUUCAGGUUUUAUUGAGGCUCAAAACAAGUCAGGUGUUCUUUUUAUGUUAUUUGAAUAUUCUGUGCAAUGGAGCUCUCCAACCAUCUGCCUUGAGGCACUCCAGGCACUUAGAGCUGCCUGCCACAAUUACCCCAGCAUAGUUUUUGAAUGCUGGAAAGACAUUUCUUCUACUGUGUAUGUCAUCCAUAGUGGAAAGCUCCCUGAGGUACCUUCAAGGAGCUCAAGUGACCAUGUUGGUUGCUCGACUGUAUUUAGUGGAGAAAAAGUGAUUACAGCUGCCAUUAAGGUUUUAGAUGAGUGUCUUCGUGCAGUAUCUGGUUUUCAAGGAACAGAAGAAUUUUCAGAUGAGAAGUUGGAGGAUAUUCCAUUUGCAUCUGAUUGCAUCAGGAUGAAGAAAGUCUCAUCAGCUCCAUCUUAUGAGCCAGAUAACCGAGAUGUAGUCAUUUCUAAAGCAUGUGAAUCUGGUAUUCAGCAAUGGAAUGAGGUGAUUGAGAAGUGUAUGCCUCUUACGUUAGGGCAUUCUUCUGCAAUGGUGAGAGCGGCAUCAGUUACUUGCUUUGCGGGUAUGACUUCUGGAGUAUUCAUUUCUUUCACUAAGGAUAAACAGGAUUUCAUUAUGUCAUCUUUAAUUAGUGCUGCUUUACAUGACAAUACGCCAUCAGUUAGGUCUGCUGCUUGUCGAGCCAUUGGCAUCAUUUCAUGUUUUCCCCAAGUUUGUCAGAGUGCAGAGAUACUUAACAAUUUUAUUAAUGCUGUUGAGACAAACACCCGUGAUCCCUUAGUCUCUGUGAGGAUAACAGCUUCAUGGGCUUUGGCAAAUAUCUGUGAUUCUAUCCGUCACUGUGUCGGCUAUCUUCCUUUUGGAUUUACAGGUACUCAUGCUAACCCCCAGUUUAUCAUAUCAUUGAGUGAGUGUGCUUUGCAUUUGACAAAGGACGGAGAUAAGGUAAAAUCUAAUGCUGUGAGGGCUCUUGGAUAUAUUUCAAGAAUUUUUAAAUGCACAACUUCAUCAAAAUUCCAAGAGAUGUCAGUGGACCAUAUGGACCAUGCUACUAAGGCCUUUAGCUCUGUUGAGGAACCAAAGGUUUUUCAAGGGUAUAAUUCAUACUCUUGUCAGUUGUAUUCUUCAGAAGAUUCUCAUAGGCUGGAGAAAAUGGUUCAGGCAAUUAUUUCUUGCAUUACAACGGGGAAUGUUAAGGUCCAGUGGAAUGCUUGUCAUGCAUUAGGCAACCUAUUUCUGAAUGAAACAUUAAGAUUGCAAGAUAUGGAUUGGGCUCCAUUUGUUUUUGGUAUUCUUCUGCAAUUAUUACGUGAUUCCUCAAAUUUUAAGAUCAGGAUACAAGCCGCUGCUGCUUUAGCUGUGCCAGUGACAGUGCUUGAUUAUGGGAUAUCCCUCUCAGACGUUGUGCAAGGUGUAGAGCAUGUGAUGGAGAACUUAAAUGUGGACUCAAAAUCAGCACCAACAAAUUUCAAGUAUAAGAUUGCAUUGCAGAAACAGCUAACCUUGACAAUGUUACACGUUCUGAGCUUAACCUCAAGCACAAAGCAUGAUCCCUUGAAAGCUUUUCUUGUGAAGAAAGCAUCAUUCCUCGAAGAUUGGUUCGUGGCUUUAUGCUCGUCCGUGGAAGAGAAAUGCCAGCUUGAUGCUGAAGAUAAGUCCAUUGAAGAUAGGAAGAAAGUAAUGAUUUCCAGAGCCAUACAAUCACUUAUAGAAGUGUACAAGGAAAAAGAGCAACAUGCAAUCGCUCAAAGGUUUGAGGAAUUGAAAAGUAAAGUAUGUGCCGGAUGAUAAAUAUUCAUCUUUCAGUUUGAUGUAUAUCAUUUUAGGAUGGAGGUGAAAGGUUGCGGGUAACCUAGAAGCAAGUCACGGACGGUGGAGCACAUAGAUAAGCUCUUUGCAGCGACCAUACGAGCAGCUGAUGACUGGACAGGCGAGGAUGUGAUGACGGUAAGGAAGACUCUUAUUGGGCAUUGUGUCCCUGAUAUUCGCCAUUUGAGGUAUUUGUAUGAUUUGACCUCGCAAUAGAAUGGGAAAGGAAUUAAAUGAAAUGUCUUGUAUAGAGCUUCCUUUUUGUCUUUUUUGCCCCCUUUGUAAUGACUCUUACCGUUUUUUCCCCCUUCUCAAUUUCUAAGCAUGUAUAGCCUUUGUUAACUUAGAUAAGCUUAAGGUAACUUUGGGCUGUAAUUAUAGUAUCAUAGUGGUUCCUUACAUAUAAGGGUUGGCCGCCAUUUCUAAUUUGCAAAUAAACAUGCCAAGUGUCAUAUUUAUAUUA